AUGGCACCCCUAAAGCUCAAUACCAAGAACCUGCAGUCAAUUAAGGUCGCAGGCGAUGGGCAGAUACAAAUCCCAACCCAUCGUUUCCGCGAUGGUACCGUUAAGGAGGGAAUCGUCCACAUUGGUGUUGGCGGCUUCCACAGAGCUCAUCUGGCCGUCUACGUCGACCAGUUGAUGGAGAAGCAUGGUGAAACUGACUACGCAAUUUGCGGCGUUGGCUUGCAACCCUUCGAUGCCGCCAUGCGUGAUGUCCUGAGAGAGCAGGACCACCUCUACACCGUCCUGGAGCGCUCUGACAAAGGAAGCUUUGCCCACGUUGUUGGAUGCAUCAAUUCCUAUCUCUUUGCCCCUGACAACCGCGAAGCCGUCAUUGCCAAGAUGGCCCACCCUGAUACCCGUAUUGUAUCGCUCACCAUCACCGAAAGCGGCUACUACUACAACGAAAACACCCACGAGCUCCUGAGCGAUCACCCUGAUAUCCAGUCCGAUACCAAAAAAGGCAACGAAAACACACCGUGCACAACCUUCGGCUUCCUCUACGCUGCCCUAGCACGACGCUACCGCGCGACCCCAGAUGCGAAGCCCUUCACCGUCAUGUCGUGCGAUAACAUGCAGAAGAACGGCUCUAUCACACGUCAUAUGCUAGUAUCAUUUGCGCGCUUGAUGGGUGACCCUAAGAUCGCGGACUGGAUUGCCGAGAAAGGCGCCUUCCCCAACGCCAUGGUCGACCGCAUCACACCUCAAACAUCAAACGAGGACAAAAAAGAACUAGCGAAGGACUUUGGAAUUGAGGACGCAUGGCCCGUCGUCACAGAGCCCUUUAUGCAAUGGGUUAUUGAGGACCAGUUCUCCAACGGCCGCCCAGAUUUCGCAAAGGUCGGUGUCCAGGUUGUCAAGAAUGUCCAUGACGUCGAGGAGUUCGAGAAGCACAAGCUCCGUCUACUCAACGGCAGUCAUUCUGCCAUCGGCUACCCCGGCCAACUGGCAGGCUUUGACUACGUCCACGAAGUGAUGCAGAACCCGCACAUGCGCAAGUUGGUAUGGGAGAUGAUGCAAGAAGAGGUGAAGCCGCUCUUGCCGGAAAUCCCAGGCGUCAACAUUGACGAUUAUUGCAAGACGCUCAUAAAGCGCUUCUCCAACUCAAAAAUCAAGGACCAGUUGCCCCGCAUCUGCCUCAAUGCCUCCGGCAAGAUCCCACAAUUUAUCAUGCCGUCAAUUGCCGAGGCGAUUAUGGAGAGCAAUGAGAAGCAACGUGAAUAUCCUUUCCGCCGCCUGUGUUUCGUCGCGGCCUCUUGGUUCCUUUAUAUCAACGGUGUCGAUGAUAACGAAAAUACGUUCGAUGUCAUCGACCCUAUGUUCGAUGAGCUCAAGGCUGCGGCUGAGGCCGGCCGCGGUGGCCCCAGCCAGCUGCUUGAAAUCAAGAACCUCUUCGGUGACGACUUGCGCGAAUGUAAGCGGUUCACCGAUGAGAUGGAACAGGCCAUGAAAGACAUCGCUGAAAAGGGUGUCUUGAAAACACUGGAAGAGUACUUUCCUGACCGAACCUGA